UUAAUUGGUCAUCAAGAGCACGCAGUCAUCAUCGACAAAAACAAAAUACUUUUGGUAUGUGUUUUAGAUAUAGAUAUUAAAAGAUAUAUAUGAUAUGUACGAAAAUAAAAAGGCAAUACAAUAAAGCAUAAGAGAAAAGGAAAAAUCGAGAGAGAAAAAGAAUAAACGUGUGCGGUGUGACGACACUGCGAUAUAUUAAAGACUAAAAGAGAAGGGGAUCUCCACCCCCACUUUCGUAUUUACAGCCGCGUGUUGAUAUAUAACUCCAAGAGCGUUGGACGAAAAAGCCACUCCUUACACGUGUUCAUUCGACGCAACAGUUUCGCGCUGCAUUCUUCUUUGUGUCAAUAUUGUUUUUUUUUUUUUUUUUUUUUAUUUUUACCGCUAGAAACAAAAUGACGUCAAUUUAAAAAUUGUCACCUGCUUAUCUCAUGAGUAAUUAAAUAAUUAAAAUAAUUAAACAAAACAACAACAAAAGCUCAUGUGAAUAAAGGAAUAAAAGAACAAAGUAUGAGUUUAUAAAUAAAAGUGAAGUGGAUAAAAAAGUUAAAUGUAAGUGAUGGUAAUAAAAUUUAAAUUCAAUUCCUGGUUUACUUACUCCUUAGCAUCUUCAAAGAUAAAAAAAACGUGAGAAAAGUGAAAGCGGAUACGUUUAUCUUAAAUUACAAUCUCUUGUGUAUUGAAAAGUAAAAAACAAGAUCUUCAUAGUGAAGAAUUCGUCAGCUUUGAACUUGAGACUGCGAAUGAAAAAAAAGGUUUAAUUAAUAAAAGGCUAAUAUGGGGAUUGUAUCAUCAACCUUGAUGCUGGUCGCAGCCCAGCUCGCUUGGAACUGUCAGAGAUUCCUGGACCCACGAUACAGAUAUGUUGAGCCAAUAAAAACCUUGGAAAUUUCAUCAACACCUACAACAGCAUCAGCAGGAGUUGAUGAUGCCACAAAUCACCAAUCAGUAGCACGAGUUACGGACACUCUUUCUAGUCACCAAGAAAAUCGUAAUAGACGAGCUGCUCAGCUGAGGUACAGACGGAAACGUCCCUCUAGUUUCGACGCAUCUCUAAUUGCUAAGAGUAUGAUUAAGAAUGGAAUUCCAGUUCAUACUGGAUCUAGAGUCGUAUCUUCAACGCCCAGUACUUUAAAAAGACAGCAGGCACCCGCUUGGAACAAUUCUUCCGCAUCCAUUUCUUCUUCUUCCUCUUCUAUAUCUUCUAGUGAAGACUCAGAUGUAGAACUAAAAGUGAGCAGAGAAAAAACUCUGGAAAGAACUAGAACGCAGCCUGAAAAUGAUGAAGAUAAUGAUAAUGACAUCAAUGAUCAAAAGUAUAUGAUGUCUGCUGCGGAAGAAGCGGCAUUUAGAAUGACUGUUGGACGAGGACAUUUUAGUAGAUCGAAAAAGGAUCGAUUCCUCAAUCAUUUGCGACUUGAAAAACGACUUAACGACCUCAAUCGUGAAUUCUUCGAGCUCACGUGUCGCGCUCAUUCACGGUCACUCUAUCGACAUCACUCGGGAGAUCUGAGAAAGAUUGUUUAGUUUUUAUUUUUUUACUUUGAUAAAUAAUAAUUAUUUAUUAAUUUAUACUAAUAAUAGGACAAGUGCUUUACCUAAUACUCAGUAAAAUAUUUACUGUAUAAUUAUAAUUAUUUAUUUUUUAAAAAAUUUAUAUAAUAUAAGAUUGUUUAUAUUAAUGAUAUGAUGAUAACUAUAAGCAUUUGUUUUAAAGAUAAAUAAUUAAUAUAAAUAGGUUUAAAAUCGCACAAUCGAUUUUGAUGAAUUAUUCUAACGAAUCUCGUGAUAAAUAAGUUAAUCAAAAUAUAUAUUUAAAAGACUGAAAAUUUUUUCAUUGUAAUUAAAACUAGUCUCGGAAAUGAGAAUUUUUAUAAUUAAUGAGUACAACUAUUUUUUUUUUUAAAGUUAAAUAAAUAUUUUUAAAUUUUAAAGGUGAUAAUUUUUAUUUCAAUUAUUACACUAUUAUUUAUAUUAAAUACUAAUUAGUUUGGUAACUAAUUAUUAUUUCAAAUCUUUUGCCGUAAUUAUUAUAUUUUUUUAUAUGAGUAAUUGAUUGUCAAAAGAUGUGCCA